AUGCAUGCUGGGUGUUAUGUGGGUGGUACUUGUGUCAACAGCCUAAGUUAUGCCGAUGACAUGGUGCUGCUCGCACCGUCUGUCAGUGCGCUGGAGAAGCUGCUUGUUCACUGCGAAACCUAUGCUUUGAUACAUGGUCUGGAGUACAAUACGAAAAAGAGUGAGGUGUUAGUUUUUAGAGCGGGUAACAUUAAGCCUUACUAUGUACCACCAAUUCUGUUGAACUCUAGCCCAUUAAAAGUCGUGGAUAAAGUAAAAUACCUGGGGCACGUCCUCACGAGCGACCUCAAGGAUGACCUGGACAUUGAAAGGGAACGCAGGGCGUUGGCGGUUCGGAGUAACAUGAUUACUCGCAGGUUUGCUCGUUGCUCAAGUGAUGUAAAAAUUACACUAUUUAAAUCCUACUGUCAAUCCUUGUACACGAGCAGCCUGUGGAUCAAGUACACGAAACGAGCCUACAAUGCCCUGCGGGUGCAGUACAACAAUGCUUUUAGAAUGCUGAUGGGACUGCCUAGAAGAUGCUCUGCAUCGGGUAUGUUUGUGGCAGCUCGCACGGAUAGUUUUCAGGAAAUAAUAAGAAAAAACAUAGUGUCUUUGCUAAGUCGUGUGAGAUGUAGUCCCAACAGCAUUUUAAGAGAAAUCGCUGAUAGGUUCGACUGUCCGAUCUUGCACUACUGGACCAAGCAGAUUAAAAGUGUAGCGGUAUAUGAAAUAUAG